GCAUGGUUUGACCUAGAAGAGGAGGCGAAGAUGGCGGCCGCCGUGGGAUUCUCCCGAAAGGUGCGUCACUUCAGCACCUCUUGGGUCAGGCCAGUAUCCAAACUGGUGCAGCCCCCAAUCCAAGUGUAUGGACUGGAAGGCCGAUAUGCCACUGCCCUCUAUUCCGCUGCUUCUAAGCAGAAGAAGUUGGAUCAGAUAGAAAAAGAGCUGAGUCGAGUAUCGGCACUUAUCAGGGACCCUAAAUUGUCUGGGAUUGUCGUGAACCCUCACAUAAAGGUUGCAGUAAAGCAAAAGGCUGUGAAUGACGUUUUAGUUAAAGAGAAACUGUCUCCUAUCACUGUCAACUUUGUCAAUGUGCUUGCUGAAAACGGUCGCUUACGUUUCACCCCUGGUGUAAUUUCUGCAUUUGGCAAGAUCAUGAGUGCGCAUCGUGGAGAAGUGCUGUGUUCUGUUACCACUGCCCAGCCCUUGGAUGACGCCAGUCUGACUGAAUUGAAAACAGCACUGAAUGGCUUCUUGGCUAAAGGAGAAGUACUGAAACUGGAGAUCAAGACUGACCCAUCAAUCUUGGGAGGAAUGGUGGUCAGCAUUGGGGAGAAAUACGUGGACAUGUCCACAAAGUCCAAGAUUCAGAAACUGACCAAGAUUAUGAAACAGACUAUCUAGUGUUCAUCAUGAGAUUUUUCUCAU